ACACUGAGGUUUUUCAGCCUGGACAACAGCUGGAUCCUCCUACCUGUUCUUCUAGGCACUGGUGGAGAAGGUGGGGAUUUUCUCUCAAUGUAGCUGGAUUUGCCUGGGAUUUCUGUUCCUCCUUCAGCUGGUAACAUACACUUAUGGUAUCUGGAAAUGGGACUGUCCUUCGGUGAAAACAGAAAUGAUUUCCAGGUCCUUUAAGCUUGGUCUGGGUGUGCAAAGUUUUGAGGACAAAGCCAUCUGUCUUGGGGCUGAGCAACAGUGUGGUUGGCUUUCUCAGAAGCAUGCUUUUGCUGUCACACUUUCUGCUUCAAUUCUUGGUGUUGUGCUGGCACUUUUUCCUUUGUGUGGAUUGCCAGGAGGUGGCCCCCUUUGCUAUGCAGUACAAAGUAUUAGAAGAAGUGCCAAGUGGAACUGUGAUAGGAAAAUUAUCUGAGGAUUUUGGCUGGAAAGAGAGAAGUGAACCAGUAGAGACCUUCCAGCAACUGCAUUUCCCCAAGGAGCUCCCUGUCUGUGUUGGGUCUGGAGAUGGUUUGCUUAGCACGGCAGGGCGGUUGGACAGAGAGCAGUUAUGCAGGCACAACGAUCCAUGCUUGUUCUCUUUUGAUGUGCUGGCUGCCACACACUUGGCUUUAAUCCACGUGGAGAUUCAGGUCUUGGACAUCAAUGAUCAUGCACCCCAAUUUCCAAAAUCUGAGCUGGAACUAGAAAUAUCAGAGAGUGCAUCUUUACGAACACGGAUACCACUGGACCGAGCCCUCGAUCCAGACACUGGCUCCAAUGCCCUCUGCUCUUACUCAUUAUCACCCAGUGACCACUUUGCUUUGGAUGUAAUUUCUGGAUCUGAUGGAACUAAACAUGCAGAACUUGUAGUUGUUAAAGAAGUGGACAGAGAGCUCCACUCUUGUUUUGAUCUAGUAUUGACUGCCUUUGAUCAUGGAGAACCACCAAAAUCAGGCACAACCUUACUUAGGGUAAUUGUUUUAGACUCCAAUGAUAACAGCCCUAUGUUUGCAGAGAGUUCUUUGACAGUGGAAAUCUGGGAAGAUGCUUUGCCUGGGACAAUUCUUAUAAACCUUACAGCCACUGACCCUGAUCAGGGUCCCAAUGGGGAGGUAGAAUACUCACUCAGUAAACAUGCUUCACUGGACGUGUUGAACAUGUUCAUCAUUGAAGCCAAGACAGGCAGUAUAGUUCUGAGACGCCCACUGGACUAUGAAGAAAACCACACCUAUGAAGUAGAUGUACAAGCCAGGGAUCUUGGAGCCAACCCUAUCCCAGCACACUGCAAGAUCCUCAUCAAGGUCCUGGAUGUCAACGACAAUGCCCCAGAUGUGCACAUCACUUGGGCUGCCCAGGUGCCAGUGCUAUCUGAAGCUCUUCCUAAAGACAGUUUUGUUGCGCUGGUGACAGUAAGCGAUCCUGAUUCUGGAAACAAUGGACAGGUGCAUUGUUACCUUAGUCAAGGAGUUGAGCAUUUCAAAUUGAAAAGGACCAACAGAUACACUUAUAUGCUGUUGACCAAUGCCAUUUUGGACAGGGAGAGGUGGGCAGAAUAUAACCUGACAUUAAUGGUCCGGGACAAUGGGAACAACUCCUUAGCCGCGAGGAAACACCUCACUAUAUGCAUCAGUGAUGUCAAUGACAACCCACCAUUGUUUGAAAGAAUUACAUAUGAUGUCACUAUUGCUGAGAACAAUAUGCCUCCAUCCUACCUAAUUACUGUCAAGGCUCACGAUGCUGACUUAGAUUUUAAUGGAAAAGUCACUUAUAGAAUCCAGGACUUCCUUAUUUCAGAUUUGGUCUCUAUUGAUUCAAAAACUGGCGAAAUCUUUGCGCUCAGAGCUUUUGAUUAUGAACAAAUGACAAGUCUGGAAUUCCUGGUGACAGCAGAAGAUGGGGGUCACCCCAAACUUGCGUCUAAUGUUUCUGUUAGGAUUACUCUGCUUGAUAGGAAUGAUAAUUCCCCAGUGAUCGUGCAGCCAGUGCUGGUGGGAGGCAAAGCAAGGAUCAUUGUUCUAGUCAAUGCACAGACCGGAUGCCUGUGGCUAUCCCUAGGGAACGACAGCCCCCAAGGUACAGCAGUAACCACUAUGACACCAACACCCAGUUCAAACGUUUCCCUGCUAUUCACCAUAUCUGCCAGUGAUGCAGAUUCUGGCCUGAAUGGGGCCCUUCACUAUGAUAUUCUGAGUGGGAAUGAUGCCAGUUUGUUUCUCAUUGAUCCACUGUCAGGGCAGGUGUUUAUCAACAGCGGCAAUGUCAGCAGCCUCAUUGGCAGUGAAUGGGAAUUGGGGGUGUUGGUAAGGGAUCAAGGGAACUCACCUCUGCAGGCUAAAGCCAUUGUGCAGUUAAGUUUCAGAAAUCAUCUUGACCAGCUGACAAAUUCAGCCCAGGAGGCUCAGAUGCUGAGCCCAUCCAUGGUAACUGUUAUCUGCCUAGUUGUGCUAUUAGGCACUUUUCUUUUUAUUUUGGCUUUAAUUGUGUCUAUAUGCAAAAGAGAGAAGAAAGAUAACAUGGCCUACAACUGCAGGGAAGCAGAAGAUGCCCACAGACAUCAGCAGCUCAAGAAGCCCCACAAACACAUUCAGAAAACAGAUAUAUAUUUAGUCCCUGUACUCAGAAAUAGGCAAGCUGUGCAGAGUGAGGCUGAGCAAGUUCGCUCCUGUGAAGAAGCUUUGCUGAAGGAAAGUUCCUGGGAUGACCCACUGCAGACCCCAUUUCAUUUAACCCCAACACUGUACAGGACCCUUAGAAACCAGAAAGGUCCAGCUGAACAGAAAGAUGCCUUCAAUCUCCCUGCAAUACAGUGCAGACCCUUCCACCCACAUAGGCUAAGAAAUGCAUCAAAAGAGAGCUCAAGCUUUCAAGAUGCACAAACCCACUCCAAAAGCUUAGAGAACCCACAGCUGAAGCCUUUGGGAGAUGUGAAUUGCGACGUCUCACUGCCAACUAAUCAGCCUUCAGACAUGACUCUGAAGAGACAGAGAAUUGCCAAGACAGACACAGAGCCCAGGGAAGCCCAUCCCCACCAGCACCUCCUGAGAAGCCUAGUGAGGCUGUCGAUGGUGGCACUUGCAGAGCAGGACCCCACGGGAGAACUUGCUAUGGAGUCGCCUCCUGUUCAGCAAAUCUCUCAGCUGCUGUCUUUGCUGCAUCAGGGUCAGUUCCAGCCCAAACCAAAUCACAGGGGAAACAAAUACACAGCCAAGAAUGGCAGCAGGAAUGCAGGGCUGGAUUCUGAUUGCCUCAGUAUAAAGGACAGUGGCCAAGGAGAGAGUGAGGCAGAUGACCGGGAUUCAGAAAAUGGACUCAAUCUUUCCAUACACCAGCUGGUGGGAGAAGAACUUGAGAGCCUUCUAGAGCCCCAUGCAGGGCUGGCCCUAGAGAGGCUGACGGCAGACCCUGCAUGGAUGGCUCGGCUCUCCCUGUCCCUCACCAGCAGCUACAAGGAAAAUGUUUUCUCCCCUGAUUCCCUGCACUUUUCUCAGGACCAGGAAGAUGCAGGGCAGGAUAAACCAAGAACCUUUGAGACAUUUGGCAAAGUUACUGGAUCUGACCCAAACACAGCCAGGACAAGACUGGCCAGCACUUUCCUCUCCGAGAUGAGCACCCUAUUUGAAAUGAUCUUAUCUCAGAAAGCACAGGCCCAUGUAACAACGACCUCGGGGCUCCUGCAGCAGCUCUCUGCGUGCAGGAAGCCCUUUGGGGUGGAUGGGGAUGCUCCUGCUGUGUAGGUCAUGUGGGAAGGCUAACGGCUGCAGCAGACACGUGAGCAGAACCACUGCUCUUUGCACAUGGAAAUAGCGACUGAUGAUGGUGGUGAACAGUUCCAGCAUGAACCACACCUGAAUAGAGAUUGUCAUAGAUGCAUAUGCCCUCCUACUUCCCUUAUCUGACUGCACCUCCCCCAAAUCCCCUUCCAUCUCUUGGCCCCUGCCAAAGGAGUUCCCAUUCUCCACCCCC